AUGUCACGGCCAUCGACAACGAGGCCAACACUGACACCUCAAUUCUGCUUUAACCAGCGUGCGUUAAGAGACUUCCUCCGAAUUUCACGAUCAACAAUUGACGACUCCAUUACCCAAAACCUGAAUGCUCUUGUAACACCGGCGCGCAAAGGGUUUGACCCGGCUUCCACUACCGCCCGACAGACGGAUUUCGCCAACAAAACCCAGAUCGACCCGGAGAACUGCGAGAUAUUCAAAAACAAAGUACUGUUUCCCUCUUGGCAAGUACGUUCAGACGUGUUGAAUUAUUGCGCCGGUGUUGCUACCAGCCCAGACCCCGAAGAUCCCGACCUUGUGCUACGACAGGUUGAGUCAGCUAAAGAUAGAGAAAGACUCGUGGAUGAGCGGCUGGAUCCGUAUUCGGCGAGAUUCUUCCCCAGAGAGGCGCGGACAGAGUCGUUGGCCAUGCUAAUACGAAAUGAGCGAGGAGUGGAGACCAUCAUACGUUCUCGGACCUGGGGAAUGGUUACUGAACGAUGUGGCAAUUCCUUUGAAGGGUGGGAAGAUGCACUAAAUCGAUGGCGAGAACAACAGGAUCAGGGCAAAUGA